CUCUCUCUCUGGUAUAUAAAUAAGCACCCGGGUUUGGUCAUAUACAUUCACAGAUAAACAAUCUCGAGAGAAAGAAGAAGGCGAUCGAGAUGACAAAGGUUCACCCAAACAACGCUUGCACGAGCUUUGAUGAAAGAGCAUCCGUUUUGACAGUGUGGAAGAAGUCGCUGCUCUUCAAUUGCGAGGGCUUCACAGUCUAUGACGGCAAAGGAAACCUCGUCUUCAGGGUCGACAACUACAUGAACGGACACAAGCAUAAGAUUGUCCUCAUGAACGCCUCCGGCGAACCCCUCCUCACCAUCCGCCGCAAGAAGUUAAGCCUGCUGGGAGAUUGCUGGUUGGUAUACGACGGAGAAACAGAGAGAGACCCAAGAUUUUGUGCGAGAAAGCACGUCAGCAUCAUGCCCAAGAACAGCAAGAGCUUGGCGUACGUGAUGAGCACAAAGAAGACGACGUUGUACGAGAUAGAGGGGUCAUACAGCCAAAGAAGCUGCAGAAUAUUGGAUGAAAAGAGGAAGAGGAAGGCCGGGGAGAUGAAGAGGAAAGAAAGGGUUGGAGGAGUGGGGUUUGGACCUGACGUAUUUACGCUGGUAGUAGAGCCCGACAUGGAUACUAGCGUCGCCAUGGCACUCGUCAUCCUCCUCGACCAGAUGUUUGGGUCCCAUUAAUUCUUUACACAACAAUACCUGACCCUUUUUGUAAAUAAGUUGCUACAUGUAAGGUGCCUUUAUAUAUAUAUAUAUAUAUAUAUGAACAUGUUAUACA